GGCCUCGCGGGAAGCAAGCAAGCGAGCGAGCGAACACGUCCUCGUCCUCGUCACCGCCUUCGUCACCGCCUUCGUCAUCGCCUUCGUCAUCGUCACCGCCGUCCUGCAGCCGCCCGCGUCCACGAUGGCGUCCGUCUGGUACAUCGACCCCAGCAUGGCGAGUCGGGAUUGGUCGGACUCGGAGUCGGUGGCCAGCAGCGUGGCGGCGGCGUCGGAGGUCUCCACCGUGCCCGACAAGUUCGGCUUCCUCGGGGGGGCGCAGUACACGGAGGAUGGGGAGGAGACUGUGCCUGUGGAAGUCAACAGAAGAAGAGAGAAGAAAUGGCUCGAAAUGUUCAGCAAUUGGGACACGCACAUGCUCAAGCGAUACAAGAAGGUCAGGGACCGGUGUCGCAAAGGAAUACCCUCUGCUCUGCGGGCCAGGGCGUGGCAGCACCUCUGUGGGGCACACAAACAAUUGCAGCGUAAUCCGGGCGUAUUUGACCAACUGGCGGAGGCACCGGCUGAUCCUCGGUUAGAGGAUGACAUCAGAAAAGAUCUUCACCGUCAGUUCCCUCUUCACGAGAUGUUCCUCCAGAAGGGGGGCCACGGACAAGAAGAUUUGUUCAGAGUCCUAAAGGUUCAUGCACAAGUCUCGCCUGAUGAAUACUGUCAGGCUCACGCCCCCAUUGCUGCUGUGCUCCUCAUGCAGAUGCCGGCAGAACCAGCCUUCUGGUGCUUAAAAGCUAUCUGCGACAAAUAUGUUCCUGGUUAUUAUGCUCGUGGUCUGGAAGCCAUUCAGAUCGAUGGUGAUAUCCUGUACAAACUCUUGAAGAAAGCUUCACCCUCGGCCUAUAAACACCUUAAAAAACACAAAAUUGAGCCAGUACUCUACAUGACAGAGUGGUUCAUGUGCCUCUUCUCACGGACGUUACCCUGGGCAUCUGUCCUGCGAGUGUGGGACAUGAUAUUUUGCGAGGGCGUCAAGGUGUUAUUCAGAGUUGGUUUGGUGCUGCUGAAGUAUGGACUGAGAUCGCAGGUACUCAAGCGUUGCCCUGGGAUGUAUGAGACACUCCAGGCCCUGCGCAACAUUGAGCAUGGUGUUAUGGCGGAAGGUUUCCUCUUAUUCCAGAUGCAAAGGCUGGACCUGAGUGAAGAUGACCUACAGAGGGAACACCAGCGCCAAGUGCAGAAGCGAAGACAGGCCAAAGAUGCUGCAACAAAUGGCAGAUAGAAUGCUGCAUGAAGGCUGCCAAGGCCCAGCCCGUUGAGCACUGAGUUCCAUAGAGAACUGAGCUAGCUCACCUACAUGACAAAGUGUGAUGCCAUACAAGAUUCCAUAAUCUGUUUUACAUACCCGAAAUAAACCUACAUCCUUCUCGCGCCAUUUCCAGAUGUGAAGUCUGCAUGUCAGGUUUACUGCUGUGCUCAUAUGAUGCAUAUGAAUGAUGUGUAAUGGACACCAUGCACUAAUAUUCAUUUGUUGCCUAUGUUAGUUCCAUUAGGCUGGAGAUAGUCAGCUUACUAGACAAAUAAGACUGUGGUUGCCAGCAUCUGGAUGAAAGUUUGGAAUCCUGUCUGGAGAUUUAUAUUUUUCCUCAUAUAAUUCAGGUAUCUGGAGAUGAAGAGAUGAUUAGCAUUGUAAGGAAAUGCUGAGGUGACUUGAGGAGAGGUGGCCAAAGCAGACCUUUGAUUGGGAAAUGGAAUAUAUGUAUAGUGUAAUUUGAAGUGUGACGGAUUCCCUUGUUAUGAUGCUGAUAUGUAUAAAUCUUGCCUUGUGUGUGUUGAUGAGAGAUCUUCCAGGUGAAGCGAGUGCGUUGCUCCAUUCAAGUUGCAAAUUAUCUGAUGAAGUCAUCUUUUGUUAUCUAUUUUUCUGAAAAAAAAAGAGAGAAAUUAAACAGAAGAAAGAUCACUUCCAGAAACACUCCUAGAUUUAGUACAAGUUUACUCCUCUCCACAAAAAAAAGAAGGAAGAGAAACAAAAGGAAAGAAAUGAAGAUUUUUAUGGUGUUGAUACAUUGUUCAUGAAGUAGUGAUUGUUAAUAGUUAUUUAGAGAAAUAUUUUGGUAUAUUCUUCCUUUUGGCGAUGGUUUGAUAGCGCGCAUGGAGCGGAAAACUUAGUAAAGAAACUGCCUCAUGUUGGAGCACAUGUGGCUACAAGUUUCUUGGAUGCAGCAAGAAUUAUAUUAGAUGAUGUUCUUUGUAAUAAGGAAUUUUGCAUAUCAUCUAUUCAGUAUUUCAUUUGUACAAAUGGCCAAAGGAGUUGAAAGAAACUAGUUAGAACGAUUGUUUUUUCCCUUUUUCAAAACUCUUCCCAAGCAAAGGUAAAAGGACUUGUUCCUGUACAGGUGUGCCGUAAAAACCUGGUUCUCCGAGCAUAGUGUAGCAUGUGGGAGACGCAGACGGGAUCGGCAAGUGUGUGUGUGUUUUGGGUGUGAGCAGUGCAUGCCGCAAGCACAGCGGAGGAUAAGAUUUGAUCAAGUUAUAGUUGUGUUUCCUUUGGUGAAUGGCCAUGGAACUGACCAGUGCCUCUUGCAUGUAAGAAUGAUAUAUUUAGAUGAGAUAUAUAUAUAUAUUUUGUGUCAUGUGUAUAAAAUGUACAGACAGAUGUUUAAAAGCUUGCACAUUAAUAUUAGAUAUUAAUUUAUAUUGAUAAAUUGAAAUGCCAAAAAAAAAAAAAAAAAAAAAAAAAAAAAAAUCCUAUAUUAACCUAAUUGUAAGACAUCAUCACCUAAAUGGUAAAAGGAGAUAUAAAAGUCUUCGGUUGAACUAAACCAGACCUGAGUUUGGAAAAAUAAAACAAAAAAACGUGAAUUGGAUUAUUCAGAUUGAAAAAUGAUUGUACACCUCUGAUUAGUUUUACGUUUUAGAAUAUUGUCUUAAUUUUCCUUUAGGGUUAUGAAUCUCUCGUAUUUAUUUUGAAGACGUGUUUUCUGUUGUUAUUCCAGUUAAUUGAAAUGGAUUAUUGGACAACAAUUUAAUAAAGGCAAGAGAAAAUUGACUGAUAUGAAGCAGAGAUAAUAUGUGUAACCAACUAACCAGGCAAAAUAAAUUCUUUUGAAAAAAAUAGAUCGGUAAAUAAAAUACCUAAUGAAAGGGAUGUGGCAUAAGUGUUUGUUUGUUUGUUUAUUGCAAUCACAUUUUAGUGCAACGUCCAUUGUACUUUUGGAAUAAGGGAAUAGGAAUUAACAUAUUAAGUUGCUAACUUUAAAUUUUUUUUUCUUGUUUAUUUCUUUUUCUCUUUGAUGAUUUUUAAGAAAUUGAAAGUACCGUAGCUUGGAAAUUAGGUAUAAUAGGUAAUAGUAUGCCUUUGGCCUAACAUAAACGAGGAGAAACUCUAACCAAAAGUAAAAAGACGAAGUGCUUCUACAGACGGAGGAGAAAAGACAAAUUAGAUUAACAGAAGUCACAUACUGUACAUUUCCAUUUCAUUUUGAGUGCUUUUUAUCAUCUUUAUUUUUUAAAUAACACACGGGAUAUCAUGUCUCAAUGUACUUCUUUAACCCAUCACCCACAAAAAAAAAUUAACUUUUUUUUUUUGUUUUGUUUUGUUUUUGUUUUUAAGUUGUGUACUCAUAAUGUUGUUAGAGAGUAGAGCAGUACAUACACAUAUACAAAAAACUUGUUAAAACCCUCACAGUUGCAUGGUUCACACACCCACACCUCAUAAUCACACCCACACACCCACUCCCCCGAACACCCACACCCCCACACUCCUACACUCCCUGAAACACCCACACUCCCACUCCCUGGAACACCCACACCCCCACACUUCCCUUUUCCAUGUACCUUGUGCAAAUAUACCAAACAUAGACUUCUGUCACCACACACACACACACACACACACACACACACACACACACACACACACACACACACACACACACACACACACACACACACACACACACACACACACACACACACACACACACACACACACACAAUCACACACAAUCACACACAAUCACACACAA